AUGAUGUCAGCUGCCAAUGACACCACAUUCCAAUCUACCGUGUUCCUCCUCACUGGUAUACCUGGCCAUGAAGACAUCCACCCCUGGAUCUCCAUCCCCUUCUGCUUUAUAUAUGUUAUUUCAAUAGUUGGAAAUUCAGUCAUUCUGUUCAUUAUAAAAACUGAUUCAAGUCUCCAUGAGCCCAUGUACAUUUUCCUUUCCAUAUUGGCCAUCACAGACCUUGGCAUAUCAUUAGCCACCAUGCCGACAAUACUGGGCAUAUUCUUCUUUAAUGCUAGAGAAAUUACUAUUGAUACCUGUUUUGCCCAGCUGUUCUUCAUCCACUUUCUUGCAAAAAUUGAGUCUUCUGUGCUGUUGUUGAUGGCCUUUGACCGCUUCAUUGCUAUCUGUAAUCCACUGAGAUACACGUCCAUCUUAACCCUGCCGAGAAUAGUCAAGAUGUUGCUGGUGUUUGUGCUAAGAGGGCUGGCCGUAAUAUUCCCUCUUCCCUUUCUCCUGAAACGGUUCCGAUACUGUCGAACCGGUGUCCUCUCCCACUCCUACUGCAUACACCAGGAUGUCAUGAAGAUGGCUUGUUCAGAUAUCAGAGUCAACAACAUCUAUGGCUUGUUUACUACUCUCAUCACAUUGGGGCUGGACUCGCUGCUCAUCUUCAUCUCUUAUGUGAUGAUCCUCAAGACCGUGUUGAGCAUCGCGUCCCACACGGAGAGCCUCCGGGCCCUGAACACCUGUGUCUCCCACCUCUGUGCUGUCCUGCUCUUCUACAUACCAGACAUCGGCCUGGCUGUGAUCCACAGAUUCGGGAAUAGCUCAUCACACUUGCCUCAGAGUCUCCUGGGCUAUGUCUACCUUCUGGUCCCACCCUUGAUAAAUCCAAUUGUGUACAGUGUGAAAAGCAAACACCUUCGUGCGAGGAUAGUCAGGGCCUUUGUCAAAUGA